AUGGAGGUACUUACCUUCGGCAGAAAUGAAUUAUCUGGAAAUAUUCCAUCUUCCUUGCAAAACACGUCCCGGUUGUAUAUACUUUCUUUAUACCAAAACAGUCUAACAGGGAGCGUACCUUCAUGUCUUGGAAAUUGUACAUACAUGCAGUUCUUGCAGCUCUUUGAUAAUAAUCUUAGUGGUAGGUUACCCAAACAACUUUUCAGCUUUCCCUCUUUAAUUGAAAUCUUUCUUGGAAACAACUCGUUUAGCGGUGAUCUGCCAUUGGAAGCCGGAUACCUGAAAGCUCUCCAGAAUUUGAAUGUUUCUAAUAACAAAUUGUCAAGCGAAAUUCCAAGCACACUAGGUAACUGUCUCAGCCUAGAGUAUCUUGGGUUGGAUGAGAACUUCUUUCAAGGGUCAAUUCCUUCUACAUUUAGUACUCUAAGAGGCCUUCGAUCCCUGGAUCUUUCAGGCAACAACUUGUCUGGAAAGAUUCCAAAAUACCUGGAGAACCUUUCUGCUUUGCAAUACCUAAAUCUAUCUUUCAAUGAUUUCGAGGGUGAAUUACCAAAACAAGGUGUCUUUAGAAAUACCAGUGAAGUUUCGGUACUCGGAAAUAGCAAGCUUUGUGGGGGUAUUGAAGAAUUGAAAUUGCCAGCGUGCUCUAGCCAAGCUUCCAAGAAAUUGGGGAUGUCUUUUGCUUCAAAAAUAAAAUUCUCAAUAAUUGGUGUUGUCCUGUGUCUUAUUUCAUCAUCAUGUUUCCUUACCACUCUGUAUUGGCGGAAGCUUUGGUUCUGUAUAUAA